CAGAUUUUAAUUAACUGUUAAAUCGGUAACUUUCAUUUCAGUUAUUUUUCCUUUUUUCUGUCUUUUUUCAUUUCUGGGUUCAAUCAUUUUCUUUGGGGCUCGUCUUUAUUCGCGAGUGACUCAAGUUUUUUUUUUCUAGAUGACUUUGGGUAAGAGGCUCUGUAUUAAUAGAGCAUGGAAAUUAGAAGAAAGGCAAACAGCGUCACCUGGUGGGACUUCGCCCGCAUGUUAAUGCAGAGCCUCUACUGUAUGGCAAGUCUGCACGCAUUGAUCCAGGGAGGUGCAACCGUGUAACGCUAGUGCCUGGUUAAGAACAUUUAAAUCAAAUCCUUUACUUUGUAAGACUCGUUUUUGAGGGAUGCUCAAACCAAAUCCAUCUUUACGUUGACCGUUCCUGACCGUGUCCAGACUACUCAGCGCAUUUAUAACUUGUAUCGCCUGCGUUUCUGCGGUCUUCCGUCCGUUGUUGAGACUGCAGGCAUUUGCCGACACUCCCUAACAAUUUGCCCAGAGUCAUCAAUUAUGCAGGGCAUCCUCGCGCGCGCCGAGCCAAGAUAGCAGCAGCGGCUUGAGUAGCAGCAGCGGCAGCGGCAGCGGCGGCGGCAUCAAUAUGGCGACAGCCGCAGUUGCCCCACACUCUUUGCUACACCUGCAUUUCUCCGGACGGCGUGCGGAUUCUUGUUAAAGAGCUGGGAAAGCCGGAUGUCUGCUAUGGAAAACAAAUAAAGAAGAAAUAGCUGCAGGAUGAAAACAUGGCCGCACCCAUUCUUGCACCCCCAGGACCUGACAGCUUCAAGAAGUUUACCCCGGAGUCGCUUGCUAACAUCGAGAAGCGGAUCAAUGAAGAGCAGAACAAGAAACCAGCCAAGCCCAGGUCGGACAGCAGUCACCGCGACACGUCAGACGAGAAUGAGCCCAAGCCCAACAGGGACUUGGAGGCUGGCAAGAGCCUGCCGCUCAUAUACGGUGAUAUUCCAGCUGGCAUGGUGGCCACACCGCUAGAGGAUUUGGACCCCUUCUAUAUCAACCAGAAAACAUUCAUAGUGCUAAACAAGGGGAAAACAAUCUUCCGCUUUAGUGCCACGCCCUCCCUGUACUUCAUCAGCCCUUUUAAUAUAUUCAGGCGAAUAGCAAUUAAGAUUUUGAUACAUUCGUUAUUCAGCAUGAUCAUCAUGUGCACCAUUUUGACCAACUGUAUAUUCAUGACAUUUAGCGACCCACCAGAGUGGUCCAAACAAGUGGAGUACACCUUCACUGGUAUCUAUACAUUUGAGUCACUCACAAAAAUUGUUGCCAGAGGUUUUGCCAUCGAUGGAUUCACUUUUCUUCGAGAUCCAUGGAACUGGCUGGAUUUCAUGGUCAUUUCAAUGGCAUAUAUAACAGAGUUUGUGGACCUUGGGAAUGUGUCGGCCCUAAGAACGUUCAGGGUUCUCCGAGCAUUGAAAACUAUUUCUGUCAUUCCAGGCCUCAAGACCAUUGUGGGCGCCUUGAUCCAAUCUGUGAAGAAACUCUCCGACGUGAUGAUCCUGACCGUCUUCUGCCUCAGCGUCUUUGCUCUGAUCGGCCUGCAGCUCUUCAUGGGGAACCUGCGGCAAAAAUGUGUCUUUUGGCCUAUCAAUACGACCAACAUGUACCUGUCCAAUGGCUCCAAGGGCUUUGACUGGGACGAAUACAUCAUGAAUGACACUAACUUCUACUUUUACCCGGGUCAGGGUGAUGCGCUAUUAUGUGGUAAUAGUUCAGACUCGGGUCGAUGUCCUGAAGGCUUUACAUGUAUGAAAGCCGGAAGGAACCCCAACUAUGGUUACACCAGCUUUGACAGCUUCGGAUGGGCCUUCCUCACCCUCUUUCGUCUGAUGACCCAAGACUUCUGGGAAAAUCUCUACAUGCUGACUCUGCGAGCGGCGGGCAAGACCUACAUGAUCUUCUUUGUGCUGGUCAUCUUUGUGGGCUCCUUCUAUCUCGUCAAUCUCAUCUUGGCUGUGGUGGCCAUGGCCUACGAGGAGCAGAACCAGGCCACCAUUGAAGAGGCUGAGCAAAAGGAGGCUGAAUUCAAAGCCAUGCUGGAGCAGCUCAAAAAGCAACAGGAAGAAACACAGGCGGCGGCCAUGGUGACCUCUGCAGGCACGGUUUCGGAGGUCGCCUUGGAGGAUGAGGGAGGCGGUCAUCUGUCCCGCAGUUCCUCUGAGGUCUCUAAGUUGAGUUCCAAGAGUGCCAAGGAGCGUCGCAAUCGCAAGAAGAAAUGGCGCCAGAAAGAGCAGGAGAAAGAGAAGGGGGACAGCGAGAAGGUUGUCAAGUCUGAGUCGGAUGACGGCAGCAAGAGAAGUACCCUGCGUUUCCCGGGAAGCCGUCUGGGCAGGAAGACGUCGAUCAUGAACCAGGCAGUCCCAUUACAUUUUCCUCAGUUAUCCACUGCUGCUGAACCACUGGAUGUACAGACCACAGACGUGGAAAUUAAGAAGAAGCACUCUGGCUCUCUCAUGGUAUCUGUGGACCAGCUCAACUCCUCCUUCAAAGGAAAAGACCGCGCCAACAGUCAGAUGAGCGUCGUCACCAACACUCUGUUAGAGGAAUUGGAAGAAUCUCAGCGGAAGUGCCCCCCCUGUUGGUACAAAUUCGCCAACACGUUUCUGAUCUGGGAGUGCCAUCCCCACUGGCUGAAGAUCAAGCAUAUAGUCUACUUGAUUGUCAUGGACCCAUUUGUUGACUUGGCCAUCACCAUCUGCAUUGUCCUCAACACCCUUUUCAUGGCCAUGGAGCACUAUCCAAUGACAGAACACUUUGAGGGCGUCCUCUUCGUAGGCAAUCUGGUUUUCACAGGCAUCUUUGCUGGGGAGAUGUUUGCCAAACUGGUCGCCAUGGAUCCCUACUACUACUUUCAAGAAGGAUGGAAUUGUUUUGAUGGUUUUAUUGUGACUCUGAGUUUAGUGGAGCUGGGACUCCAAGAUGUGGAGGGUCUGUCCGUGCUCAGGUCCUUCCGAUUGUUGAGGGUGUUCAAACUUGCCAAAUCAUGGCCCACACUCAACAUGUUGAUCAAGAUCAUUGGUAAUUCGGUGGGGGCGCUGGGUAAUCUGACCCUGGUGCUGGCCAUCAUUGUCUUCAUCUUCGCCGUGGUGGGCAUGCAGCUGUUUGGCAAAAACUACAAAGACUGUGUGUGCAAGAUCGCGGAUGACUGUAAGCUGCCUCGCUGGCACAUGCAUGACUUCUUCCACUCCUUCCUGAUUGUAUUCAGAGUGUUGUGUGGGGAGUGGAUUGAGACCAUGUGGGAUUGUAUGGAGGUGGCGGGACAGACAAUGUGCCUCACAGUCUUCAUGAUGGUCAUGGUCAUCGGGAACUUGGUGGUUUUGAACUUGUUCCUGGCUCUGUUGCUGAGCUCAUUCAGUGCGGACAACCUCGCCGCCACAGAUGAUGACGGCGAGCCCAACAAUCUCCAGCUCGCUGUCGCUCGCAUCAAGAUAGGCAUUGCCUGGAUCAAGGCCCACGUGCGUCUCUUGGUUGCCACGGUGCUCAAGAAGCCUGUCGAGGAUGAACAAAAACCUCUGGAUGAACUGUAUGAGAAAAAGCUUAACUGCAUAGCCAACCACUCGGUGGACAUCAACCGUGAACUGGACUUUGCUAAAAAUGGCAACGGUACCACCAGCGGCAUCGGGAGCAGCGUCGGAAAGUACAUGAUUGAUGAAGACUACAUGUCCUUCAUCCACAACCCCAACCUGACUGUGUGUGUUCCUAUUGCCGUCGGAGAGUCGGACUUUGAAAACCUUAACACGGAGGACUUCAGCAGUGAAUCAGAUGUGGAGAACAGUAAGGAUCUGGAUGACACCAGUUCAUCUGAGGGCAGCACAAUAGACAUUAAGCCUGACGUGGAGGAGGUGGCAGUCGUGGAGGUUGUGGAGGAGUACCUUGACCCGGAGGCCUGCUGGACAGACGAAUGUGUGGCAAAAUACAAGUGCUGUGAUGUUCCCAUCACUCACGGCUGGGGGAAGCACUGGUGGUUCCUGAGGAAGACCUGCUAUCUGAUUGUGGAACACAACUGGUUUGAAACACUCAUCAUCUUCAUGAUCUUACUUAGCAGUGGAGCUCUGGCCUUUGAGGACGUCUACAUUGAGCAGAGGAAGACCAUCCGUAUUAUUCUGGAGUACGCCGAUCGCGUUUUCACCUACAUUUUCAUUUUGGAGAUGUUGCUGAAGUGGGUGGCUUACGGCUUUGUCAAGUACUUCACCAACGCCUGGUGCUGGUUGGACUUCUUCAUUGUGGAUGUGUCAAUAGUCAGCCUUAUAGCUAAUGCCUUGGGCUUCUCCGAUCUUGGCCCAAUUAAGUCACUCAGGACACUGAGGGCCUUGCGACCCCUCAGGGCCCUGUCACGUUUUGAAGGGAUGAGGGUGGUGGUGAACGCCUUGGUUGGGGCCAUUCCAUCCAUUAUGAACGUGCUCCUGGUGUGUCUCAUCUUCUGGCUGAUCUUCAGCAUCAUGGGCGUGAACCUCUUUGCUGGGAAGUACUACUUCUGCUACAAUGACACGCAAGAGGAAAUGUUCCAUCCCAACGAGGUGAACAACCGAACGCAGUGUUUUGCGCUCAUGAACGACAACCACUCUGAAGUCAGGUGGAAAAAUGUCAAGAUCAACUUUGACAAUGUGGGGGCGGGCUACCUGGCCCUCCUGCAAGUGGCAACAUUCAAAGGGUGGAUGGACAUUAUGUAUGCGGCAAUAGAUUCGAGAAAGGUGGAGGAUCAACCGCUGUAUGAGGACAACUUAUACAUGUACAUCUACUUUGUCAUCUUUAUUAUCUUUGGUUCAUUCUUCACCCUAAACCUCUUCAUUGGUGUCAUCAUCGAUAACUUCAACCAGCAAAAGAAAAAGUUUGGCGGUCAGGAUAUAUUCAUGACGGAAGAACAGAAGAAAUACUACAAUGCCAUGAAGAAACUCGGCUCAAAAAAACCACAAAAGCCUAUACCCAGACCACAGAACAAAAUCCAAGGAAUGGUUUUUGACUUUGUGACCCAGCAAGUGUUUGACAUCUCCAUCAUGAUCCUCAUCUGCCUCAACAUGGUCACCAUGAUGGUGGAGACAGACGAUCAGUCAAAAGAGACCGAGUAUGUGCUUUACUGGGUCAACUUCAUCUUCAUCGUUGUCUUCACCGGCGAGUUUUUACUGAAGCUCUUUGCGCUGCGUCACUACUACUUUACCAACGGCUGGAACAUCUUUGACGUUGUGGUUGUCAUCCUCUCCAUCGUGGGAAUGUUCCUCGCCGACUUGAUCGAGAAGUACUUUGUGUCGCCAACACUAUUCAGGGUGAUCCGAUUGGCUCGUAUCGGGCGAAUCCUGCGCCUCAUUAAGGGCGCCAAAGGCAUCCGAACGCUUCUCUUCGCCCUGAUGAUGUCACUCCCGGCCUUGUUUAACAUCGGCCUGCUGCUUUUCCUGGUCAUGUUCAUUUUCUCCAUCUUCGGCAUGUCCAACUUCGGCUACGUAAAACACGGGGCCGGGAUCGACGACAUGUACAACUUUGAGACCUUCGGCAACAGCAUGAUCAUCUUGUUUAUGAUUACCACGUCAGCUGGCUGGGACGGCCUGCUGUUGCCCAUUCUUAACUACCCUCCGGACUGCGACCCCUUGCUGGAGAAUUCUGGCACUCCUUCAACUGGAGACUGCGGCAACCCAUCCGUGGGCAUCUUCUUCUUUGUCAUGUACAUCAUCAUUUCUUUCCUCAUCGUGGUCAACAUGUACAUCGCCAUCAUUCUGGAGAACUUCAGCGUGGCCACGGAGGAGAGCGCUGACCCGCUCAGCGAGGAUGACUUUGAGACCUUCUAUGAAAUUUGGGAGAAGUUUGACCCCACUGCCUCCCAGUUCAUCACUUACGCCAAGCUUUCCGACUUUGCGGACGCACUUGAACACCCGCUGCGAGUCCCCAAGCCCAACACCAUUGAACUCAUCGCUAUGGACAUGCCAAUGGUGAGCGGGGACCGCAUACACUGCCUGGACAUCCUCUUUGCCUUCACCAAACGCGUGCUGGGCGACAGCGGUGAGUUGGACAUGUUGAGGCAGCAAAUGGAGGAGCGAUUUGUGGCGGCCAAUCCCUCCAAGGUCUCUUACGAGCCCAUCACCACCACUCUGAGGCGCAAGCAGGAGGACGUGUCCGCCCGAAUCAUCCAGAGGGCCUAUCGCGCCUACUUGGCGAGGAGGGGUUUCGUUUGCAAGCGCAUCCCAACCAACAACAGAGUGGAGAACGGCGGCAACAAUCAGGAACAAGAGAAGGAAGCCACGCCCUCCACCGCCUCCCUGCCCUCGUACGAUAGCGUCACCAAACCCGACAAGGAGAAGGACGACGACAACGAGGGCAAGGGAGGGAGGAACGAGAGAGGAAGAAACCUAAAGGACGUCAGGGAAUCCAAAUGUUAAGGCGAUGGGAUAGUAAUAAUCACGCAAAUAACACCACAAAUUAUAACACGAGGAAAAUCACACGCGCACGGAUGUACAGAUUAUUUCAUUUGCAAGACAGAAAAGAAUCCGUUGUUUAGUUGCAGGCUUCUGAGGGGAGCGCUCACACCGUUGACAGCUUUGAAGGCUCUUGAACUCCUCUCCUAAUCAGCUGGGACGUCAUUGUAUCUCGAUGAGUCCCGUCCACAGAGGAGACGAGGAGCUCCAAACGAAGGACAGAACGAUGAGGAACUCUUGCCAGAGUUGCACUGCGCAAGGACUGGAAUGUCUCUCAGAGCAAACUGCGGUUGCGUGAAAGACACAAAUCGGCGAGCGCAUCAGGAGUAUUUUCCUUUUGUUCAAGCUAGAAAUUGUUCAUGUGAGCAGUAAAAAUGCAAACCAAUAUAAAAGGAACACUAUUUAUCGUUUUGCCCAUGCUACUUAACUCCCAUUAUUUAUACCCACGUCCGAUUUUUUUUUUUUUUUCGUUUGGAACAUGGACUUUCACACCAAUUUGUUCAGGGUCUGUCUAUUACGGGGGUGAACUCAGGCCAAGGGCUUACGUACAUUUACUCAGAACAAUUUCCAAAACAACUACAUAGGUAAUUGUGCUUGUUCGAUGCAUAGAAAUGAUUUGCAUGAUGGCAUGUUUUUUGACCAGAACUCUUGCAUGAACUUUUCACGGUCCACAAGACACUAACACUACAGUGGCGCGAUACGAGGGUCGAUCAUCCGAAACGGAAACCUUGUCUCAUCACUCAAGACAUCACAACUGUUGCCUCUAUAAAUAGACUGGAAAAUGCUGGUACAUUAAAACACGCGCGCUAGUGGAUCGCAGUUGUAGUGUGAAUACUUAUUUGCUGCUCUCGAAGAUGUGCAAAGAGCGAUGAAGGACGCGAUGUCAGAAAAUCAGAAGCUUAUAUUUAACGUUUCUAUGCACCUGUGUAACGCUCCAUUUGCUUUUAUUGUUUAUAAGUGGUCAGUAGGGAUUUUACAAGUUUGGCCUUUUUUUUUUUUCUUUUAUUGGUGAUGCAUUUCCUCUCCGAAAGGGCUGAGAGGAGAUCUGAAGCUUAUUCACGCGAGUGUGUGUGCGUGUGUGCGUUCUUCCCCUUGUUUUCUCGUUUUUAUAAGCCUCAUUUCAGAAGAGGGAAACAUGUUUGUCCGAUAUAAAUUGAGUCACGAGAAAGGCGACCAUUGGAGUGUGUGGCGAAGCCAAAGAGAUCCGCCUUGUUUGUUCUUCACCGGUGAAGAGGGUUUGCGUUUAUGACUAAAUGUCCAUUCAUUUUUGAUGACACUGUUUCAUUUUUCUCUAAACAGAGACCCGAGAAUUGUAUGCAAUGCUUGAAAAAAAAAAUCCUCCCCUUUUUUCUCAGGAGAUAUUAUACUCGAGCUCUGCUACACAAUGCAAGUGAAUGUGACGGCUGCAUUUAUUAAAUCACAUUUUACGCCUUUGGUUUUAAUGCUGGGAUGAUGAUGAUGAUGGGAAACCGGCAGCCUUGUUUCAAUAGGAGUCAUGGUCCAUUUUGUUGUAGGACUUCCUGCUUAUGACGCGUAGAAUUAUAGGGCUAGAAGCAUCUCAGUGAAAAAGAACCCUUUUUUUUUUUUUUUUUUUGCUCUCGCUUGCAGAGGCGCUGGUUAAAUUCAUAGUGGAUUGCAUUUAGGAGGACGUCAUUGUGGAUUCAAUUCAAUUCUUCAUUCAUGUCUGGAAAACAAAAAUAACCAGAUUCACCCCAGUAGUACGUACACACAGGAAUCACUGGGAGGCGAUGUUGCAGAUUUGUACGAUUUUACACACGCUCUGACCCUAUCCGCGCCGCACUCAAUAUCAAAUAAUUAUCAGAGCACUGGACGUUAUCUCACGGUGCGAGCACACAUGCCGCAGCAGAGCUUAAGCGCUGUACAGUGAUGUCACUUCCUGUUUAUGGAUGGAUAAACCCCCCCAUUCCCAUGUGUUCCCAAGUCCUGCAAAUGGUCCACUUGCUGCAUGUGCGCUCCAAAAUCAAUGUGGGUGUUGACCUAAUAAAACCAUGACUGAUAAGCAUAAAAAUUCUCUCUACCCUCAUCGUGUAUGUAAGAGGUACUCCAUUCUCAAAAGUGGAUUCAUUU